GGCACAGAAAAUGUGCUUUAUAAUAUAUUCAGCUAGCAGUCGUGCUCUGCUUUAUUUCACAUGUACGCCUAACACUUAAUUUGCUAAUGAUAUAAUCACUUAGUUCUGACUUGUAAACAGUGGCGGGUUUAUUUUGUCAUGAAUAAAACAAAAAAACCAUGUCUGGCAAGAUAUAGACGCUGUCUGGCUUCCAAAUAUCAAGAGUCGCGUACGUCACACGUGCGAUCGAUCAUACCUUCGCGCGGUCCAAUCAAUCUAAUGAACUAGAGUCCAGAUAGUCUCUCAAUUGGCGUGUUCUGCAAUGAACCCUAGUGAAUCUCGCACAAGAUUCAAUGUUUUGGACAUAGUCCGCGUUUUCGCUGGAAUUUUACUCAUCAACGCAUUGGCCUCAUGGUGGUUUACAUCAUCUCCUACAUGGGGCUACACUGGCAAGUAUAUUGACCAAAGAUAUCUAAAGCAUCGCCUUUUUGGCCGCCAAGUUACACUUACGCCUCAGGAGCUUCGCUUGCGGGAUGGAACCGAUACUAGUCUUCCAAUAUAUAUUGGUAUUGGUGGCCGUGUGUAUGAUGUGACAGCCUCUCGUCAUAUAUAUGGGCCAAAGGGCCCUUAUGCUUUUUUUAGUGGAAGAGAUGCAGCGCGGGCAUUCGUCACAGGAUGUUUUCAAAAAGAGGACGAGUUCACUCACGAUAUUCGGGGUCUUGAUCCUGAAGAGGCCAGGGCUGAUAUUCAGAGCUGGCAGGACUACUUUGAACGCAGUUCUAAAUACUGGUAUGUGGGGACAGUGAUCCACGAGCCUUUAACCGGUGACCCACCCGCUCCAUGUGAUCAUCAGAAAUACCCUCAUUACUAAGCUUGGUCACGAGCACCAGUUUAUGAAUAGCUAAGCCAACAAAUUCUGUGAG